CCCAAGCCGGAGAAUGCGGUGACCGUUGCGGUGUCGUCCCGGGUACUGUUCCGUACUGAGACCGAGCAGAAGGUGUAUGAGCAGAAGGGGGUGGAGGAGUACCUGCGGUACCAGGUGGAGCAUGAGAACGAACCCUUCGCCCCUGGGCCAGCCUUCUCCUUCGUCAAGGUUAGAGCCAUACAAACACACACAAACACUUCCAUACCAUAGGAUGGACUUAACGAUGAACAAGGAAACAGGAUACACGUCGUCCCCCACGAAUGAUGCAGCGCAUUUCAGUUAUCGUGUGUGACCACAGAUUAUCCAUUAUAUUGACCAGAUGCUCAAGUGGCUGCAAUGAAUAUGAAAAUAAAUAUUUUGUAAAUUUGGCUUCGGGACCACCAGUAAAGAUCCUUGUUUCACCAUCUCUGCCUACUGCCUGCUGUAUAUCCUGCACCGCACCUGGGUCGCACCUCACACCAACCCUUACAUGUAAGGUGUUGUAUUCGGCGCGCGGCAAAUACAAUUUUGAUUUGAUUUGAGUACUGAGGUUGGUAGAGUCUUUCCCCAAAGGCUUUGAGAGACAUACAAAUGAACAAGAACUACCGCAGUAACACACAGACGCAUUCCGUGACUUGUUUUUGGCUUAUUGACUCAUGUCACGUGUAAAACAUGCAACCGCAACCAUGGAAACACAGUGUUACAAAGUGGCUAAUGUUAAAUUGAUUCAGAAGGUUUUAUCUUCUGGAUCUGAAUGAGAUGGAACGCUUUCAUCUGACUACAUUACCCAUAAUCGUUUGCUGUCCCCUGCUAUCCCAUCAGGCCUUGGAGACGGUGAUAUUGAUUUGUAUGCUGAAUGCUAUUACAUGUAUACUGACUACAUUACCCAUGAUUCUGUGCGCUCAUCUGCUCUUCCAUCAGGCGUUGCAGGCGGUGAAUGCCCGUCUGAGAGAGCUGUACCCAGAGAGUGAAGAACUGUUUGACAUCGUCCUGGUGACCUAUAACCACGCCCAUGUAGGGGUCAGGCUCAUCAAUACUAUCAACCAUCACAGUGAGUCUCACACACACACACACACACACACACACACACACACACACAUGCACAUUAACCAACAUGGAGGCACGCAUGCUUACAGUGGCUUGCGAAAGUAUUCACCCCCCUUGGCAUUUUUCCUAUUUUGUUGCCUUACAACCUGGAAUUAAAAUGGAUUUUUUGGGAGUUUGUAUCAUUUGAUUUACACAACAUGCCUACCACUUUGAAGAUGCAAAAUAUUUUUUCUUGUGAAACAAACAAUAAGCUUGAGCGUGCAUAACUAUUCACCCCCCACCCCCCAAAGUCAAUACUUUGUAGAGCCACCUUUUGCAGCAUUUACAGCUGCAAGUAUCUUGGGGUAUUUCUCUAUAAGUUUGGCACAUCUAGCCACUGGGAUUUUUGCCCAUUCUUCAAGGCAAAACUGCUCCAGCUCCUUCAAGUUGGAUGGGUUCCGCUGGUGUACAGCAAUCUUUAAGUCAUACCACAGAUUCUCAAUUGGAUUGAGGUCUGGGCUUUGACUAGGCCAUUCCAAGAUAUUCAAAUGUUUCCCCUUAAACCACUUGAGUGUUGCUUUAGCAGUAUGCUUAGGGUCAUUGUCCUGCUGGAAGGUGAACCUCCGUUCCAGUCUCAAAUCUCUGGAAGACUGAAACAUGUUUCCCUCAAGAAUUUCCCUGUAUUUAGCGCCAUCCAUCAUUCCUUCAAUUCUGACCAGUUUCCCAGUCCCUGCCGAUGGUGUUCUUGGGGUGAUGAGAGGUGUUGGGUUUGCGCCAGACAUAGCGCUUUCCUUGAUGGCCAAAAAGCUCAAUUCUAGUCUCAUCUGACCAGAGUACCUUGUUCCAUAUCUUUGGGGAGUCUCCCACAUGCCUUUUGGUGAACAUGUUUGCUUAUUUUAUUCUUUAAGCAAUGGCUUUUUUCUGGCCACUCUUCCGUAAAGCCCAGCUCUGUGGAGUGUACGGCUUAAAGUGGUCCUAUGGACAGAUACUCUAAUCUCUGCUGUGGAGCUCUGCAGCUCCUUCAGGGUUAUCUUUGGUCUCUUUGUUGCCUCUCUGAUUAAUGCCCUCCUUGCCUGGUCUGUGGGUUUUGGUGGGCGGCCCUCUCUUGGCAGGUUUGUUAAGGUGCCAUAUUCUUUCAAUGUUUUAAUAAUGGAUUUAAUGGUGCUCUGUGGGAUGUUCAAAGUUUCGGAUAUUGUUUUAUAACCCAACCCUGAUCUGUACUUCUCCACAACUUUGUCCCUGACCUGUUUGGAGAGCUCCUUGGUCCUCAUGGUGCCGCUUGCUUGGUGGUGUCCCUUGCUUAGUGGUGUUGCAGACUCUGGGGCAUUUCAGAACAGGUGUACAUAUACUGAGAUCAUGUGACAGAUAAUGUGACACUUAGAUUGCACACAGGUGGACUUUAUUUAACUAAUUAUGUGACUUCUGAAGGUAAUUGGUUGCACCAGAUCUUAUUUAGGGGCUUCAUAGCAAAGGGGGUGAAUACAUAUGCACGCACCACUUUUCCGUUAUUAAUUUUUUUGAAUUUUUUGAAAACAAGUUAAUUUUUUUUCAUUUCACUUCACCAAUUUGGACUAUUUUGUGUAUGUCCAUUACAUGAAAUCCGAAUAAAAAUCCAUUUAAAUUACAGGUUGUAAUGCAACAAAAUAGGAAAAACGCGAAAGGGGGAUGAAUACUUUUGCAAGGCACUGUAACACACACAUGCGCUCACACACUUAGCACACACACACACACACACACUUAGCACACUCACACGGAGGCACGUGCACGCACGAAACAUGCACCUGCACGCACUAUCCAACAGUUCAUAGUGAAACUAGCGUAGACUCCAGAAUACACAUAUGUACGCACGUAUGCGUACUCAGUCAAUAUCACAGGUACCAGCGUCAGCAGAUGUAGGAUCUUGAUUUGACCACCCAGUUGUUGCAGGAUUUAAAAAAAAAAGGCUUCUAAAGUUUGUAAUUUGUAACUUUAAAAUGUAAGACUUGAUGUGCCCUGAAAAAAACAAACAUUUAUCAACCCCUACAAACAUUUCCAUUAAUGAUAAUCCACACAAUCAUUCACAUUUCCUGUUUUUGCAGGAUUAUUUUCCUGCUGUGAGAAACUGGUCAAAUGAAUACCCUACACCUGUAGCUUUCUUUGCGUGCUACGAAUACUGCAUACUGCUAUAUACUUCAUCUGGAAGCCUAGAAUAGAAGUUGUCUUACAAAAAAAGUGUUCCAAAGGGUUCUACCUGGAACCAAAAAUGGUUCUUCAAAGGGUUCUCCUAUGUGGUCAGCCGAUGAACCCUUUUAGAUUCUAGUUGGCACCUUUUGUAGGCACAGACCUGGGAUCAAUUUACCCUUAGCAAGUCUGACUAUUCACCAUUAGACCUAAGAUCACUAUCUGGGAGGGACUUCAUAUCAAUUUCAGGUAAAGCUUUUCCAGAUGCCAUGAACCAUAUCUCUAAUGGAUCUCUGUGUGUGAAUGCAAAACAGAAACCAAAGCUGUUCCCAAAUAAUGGGUCUGGUCCCAAGGGAACCGACCAGUCCCUCUUGGGUCGCGGCUAAAGCAAAGCCUUGGUUGUGGCUUGACAAAUGUAUUUGUAUAUUUAUUUUGUUGAUGGGGGUCACCAACAUAUUCAAAAGACUUUUGUGUGAGUCACAACAAGGAAAACAAGUUAGGGAACUGGCUUCCUUCAGAGCUCCCAGAUGCCUCCACGUCUUCUCAUCUGACGUUAGAUCUCUCCGGUAGGUUCUCUGUUCGAACACACAACACAAACCACACUCCUUGACCUCUGACACUUUCUCUAGAGAACACAAAAAACAAACACGGACAAAGAUGACCGCCCAGACGUCAAGGAGACUUGAUUCUGUAAUACAAACUGCUCUUUAGGGUCCAUCCCAAAUGAAACCCAAGUCUCUUUAUGAUGGACUACUUUUGACCAGAGCCCGUGACCGUAUUAACUAUGUCGGUUACAUGUGAAUCAUUUACCAGACUCUCUUAUCUAGAGAGACUUAGAGGUUAGUAAUUUAGCAGACUCUCUUAUCCAGAGAGACUUACAGGUUAGUAAUUUAGCAGACGCUCUUAUCUGGAGAGACUUACAGGAGCAAUUAGGGUUAAGAUUUUUUCACCUAGUCAGCUCGGGGAUUCGAACCAGAGACUUUUCGGUUACUGGCCCAACGCUCCUAACCGCUAAGCUACCUACCUCUCAGAACCAAAAGUAGUGCGUUAUAUAGGGAAUAUGGUGCCAUUUGUGAUGCAGACCUGACCUAUUGUGGAAGUGAAUUAGGAGACGUUUACGCCACAAGUGCGUAGGUUUAAACAAAGGCAGAAGUGAUAAGUAGUGUUGGAUGCAACUUGUGGCGUAGUCGCCGUAUACAAGAUAGGUUUUUAGACACUCGUACAGUAUAUAUACACUCUAAUCUUGCUUCCCAAAUGACACCCUAUUCCCUACAUAGCACACUGGUCAAAUGUGGUGCACUAUGAAGGGAAUAGGGUGCUAUUUGGGAUACAGGUUGUGUAUGAGUGAAAAUCGACAUCCUUGUGUAGACAUUGGAUUGGCUCUUUUAAAACAUAAUGUAGACAUUGGAUUGGCUCUUUAAAAACAUAAUGUAGACAUGGGAUUGGCUGUUUGGGGUGUGACAACAUAAUGUAGACAUGAGAUUGGCUCUUUAAAAACAUAAUGUAGACAUGGGAUUGGCUCUUUGGGGUGUAUGACAACAUACUCCCGAGUGGCGCAGUGGUCUAAGGCACUGCAUCGCAGCGCUAGCUGUGCCACUAGAGAUCCUGGUUUGUAUCCAGGCUCUGUCGUAGCUGGCCGCGACCGGGAGACCCAUGUGGCGGCGCACAAUUAGCCCAGCGUCGUCCAGGGUAGGGGAGGGAAUGGCCGGCAGGGAUGUAUCUCAGUUGGUAGAGCAUGGCGUUUGCAACGCCAGGGUUGUGGGUUCGAUUCCCACGGGGGGCCAGUAUGAAAAAUAAAAUAAUGUAUGCACUCACUAACUGUAAGUCGCUCUGGAUAAGAGCGUCUGCUAAAUGACUAAAAUGUAAAUGUAGACAUGGGAUUGGCUCUUUAAAAACAUAAUGUAUUUUAUUUACUUGUAUUUUAUUUCACCUUUAUUUAACCAGGUAAGCCAGUUGAGAACAAGUUCUCAUUUACAACUGCGACCUGGCCAAGAUAAAGCAAAGCAAUGCGAUAAAAACAACAACACAUAGUUACAUAUGGGGUAAAACAAAACAUAAAGUUAAAAAUACAACAGACAAUAUAUAUACAGUUUGUGGAGGUAAGGCAAUAAAUAGGCCGUAGUGCAAAAUAGUUACAAUUUCGUAUUAACACUGGAAUGAUAGAUGUGCAGAAGAUGAUGUGCAAGUAGAGAUACUGGGGUGCAAAUUAGCAAAAUAAAUAACAAUGUAAAUAACAAUAUGGGGAUGAGGUAGUUGGGUCGCCUAAUUUCAGAAAGGCUGUGUACAGGUGCAGUGAACGGUAAACUGCUCUGACAACUGACGCUUAAAGUUAGUGAGGGAGAUAAGAGUCUCCAGCUUCAGAGAUUUUUGCAGUUAGUUCCAGUCAUUUGCAGCAGAGAACUGGAAGGAAUGGCGGCCAAAGGAGGUGUUGGCUUUGGGGAUGACCAGUGAGAUAUACCUGCUGGAGCGCAGACUACGGGUGGGUGUUGCUAUGGUGACCAGUGAGCUAAGAUAAGACGGGGAUUUGCCUAGCAGUGAUUUAUAGAUGACCUGGAGCCAGUGGGUUUGGCGACGAAUAUGUAGUGAGGGACCAGCCAACGAGAGCGUACAGGUCACAGUGGUGGGUAGUGUAUGGGGCUUUGGUGACAAAACGGAUGGCACUGUGAUAGACUACAUCCAAUUUGCUGAGUAGAGUGCUAGAGGCUAUUUUGUAAAUGACAUCGCCGAAGUCAAGGAUCGGUAGGAUAGUCAGUUUUACGAGGGCAUGUUUGGCAGCAUGAGUGAAGGAGGCUUUGUUGCGAAAUAGGAAGCCUGAUUCUAGAUUUAACUUUGGAUUGGAGAUUCUUAAUGUGAGUCUGGAAGGAGAGUUUACAGUCUAACCAGACAACUAGGUAUUUGUAGUUGUCCACAUACUCUAGGUCAGACCCGCCAAGAGUAGUGAUUCUAGUCGGGUGGGCGGGUGCAAGCAGCGUUCGGUUGAAGAGCAUGCAUUUAGUUUUACUAGUGUUUAAGAGCAGUUGGAGGCUACGGAAGGAGUGUUGUAUGGCGUUGAAGCUCGUUUGGAGGUUUGUUAACACAGUGUCCAAUGAAGGGCCAGAUGUAUACAAAAUGGUGUCAUCCGCAUAGAGGUGGAUCCGAGCAUCACCAGCAGCAAGAGCGACAUCGUUGAUACACACAGAGAAUAGAGUCGGGCCGAGAAUUGAACCCUGUGGCACCCCCAUAGAAACGGCCAGAGGUCCAGACAACAGGCCCUCCGAUUUGACACAUUGAACUCUAUCUGACAAGUAGUUGGUGAACCAGGCGAGGCAGUCAUUUGAGAAACCAAGGCUAUUUAGUCUGCCAAUAAGAAUGUGCUGGUUGACAGGGUCAAAGCCUUGGCCAGGUCGAUGAAGACAGCUGCGCAGUACUGUCUUUUAUCGAUCGUGUUUAUAAUAUCGUUUAGGACCUUGAGCGUGGUUGAGGUGCACCCAUGACCAGCUCGGAAACCGGAUUGCAUAGCGGAGAAGGUACGGUGGGAUUCGAAAUGGUCGGUGGUCUGUUGGUUAACUUGGCUUUCAAAUACUUUCGAAAGGCAGGGCAGGAAUGACAUAGGUCUAUAACAAUAUGGAUCUAGAGUGUCACCCCCUUUGAAGAGGGGGAUGACCGCGGCAGCUUUCCAAUCUCUGGGAUCUCAGACGUUACGAAAGAGAGGUUGAACAGGCUAGUAAUAGGGGUUGCGACAAUUUCGGCGGCUAAUUUUAGAAAGAAAGGGUCCAGAUUGUCUAGCCCAGCUGAUUUGUAGGGGUCCAGAUUUUUCAGCUCUUUCAGAACAUCAGCUGUCUGAAUUUGUGUGAAGGAGAAGCGGGGGGAGCAUGGGCAAGUUGCAGUGGAGGGUGCAGAGCUGGUGGCCGGGGUAGUGGUAGCCAGGUGGAAAGCAUGUCCAGCCGUAGCAAAAUGCUUGUUGAAAUUCUAGAUUAUUGUAGAUUUAUCGGUGGUGACAGUGUUUCCUAGCCUCAGUGCAGUGGGCAGUUGGGAGGAGGUGCUCUUAUUUUCCAUUGACUUUACAGUGUCCCAAAACGUUUUGGAGUUAGUGCUACAGGAUGCAAAUUUCUGUUUGAAAAAGCUAGCCUUUGCUUUCCUAACUAAUUGUGUAUAUUGGUUCCUGACUUCCCUAAAACGUUGCAUAUCGCAGGGGCUGUUCGAUACUAAUGCAGUACGCCACAGGAUGUUUUUGUGCUGGUCAAGGGCAGUCAAGUCUGAGGAGAACCAGGGGCUAUAUAUGUUCUUAGUUCUGAAUUUUUUGAAUGGGGCAUGCUUAUUUAAGAUUGAGAGGAAAGCACUUUUAAAGAACAACCAGGCAUCCUCUACUGACGGAAUGAGGUCAAUAUCCAUCCAGGAUACCUGGGCCAGGUCAAUUAGGAAGGCCUGCUCGCUAAAGUGUUUUAGGGAGCGUUUGACAGUGAUGAGGGGUGGUCGUUUGAUCGCGGACCCAUUACAGACGCAGGCAAUAAGGCAGUGAUCGCUGAGAUCCUGGUUGAAGACAGCGGAGGUGUAUUUAGAGGGUAAAUUUGUCAGGAUGAUAUCCAUGAGGGUGCCCAUGUUUACAGAUUUAGGGUUGUACCUGGUAGGUUCGUUGAUCAUUUGUGUGAAAUUGAGGGCAUUUUGUUUAGAUUGUAGGUUGGCCGGGGUGUUAAGCAUAUCCCAGUUUAGGUCACAAAGCAGUACGAACUCUGAGGAUAGAUGGGGGGCAAUCAGUUCACAUAUGGUGUCCAGGGCACAGCUCAGGGCUGAGGAGGGUCUGUAGCAAGCGACAACAGUGAGAGACUUAUUUCUGGAAAGGUGGAUUUUUAGAAGUAGAAGCUCAAACUGUUUGGGCACAGACCUGGAUAGUACGAUAGAGCUCUGCAGGCUAUCUCUACAGUAGAUUGCAACCCCACCCCCUUUGGCAGUUCUAUCGAGAUGGAAAAUGUUGUAGUUGGGGAUGGACAUUUCUGAAUUUUUGGUGGCCUUCGUAAGCCAGGAUUCAGACACUGCUAGAACAUCAGGGUUGGCGGAGUGUGCUAACGCAGUGAAUAACUCAAACUUAGGGAGGAGGCUUCAGAUGUUAACGUGCAAGAAACCAAGGCUUUUACGAUUACAGAAGUCAACAAAUGAUAACGCCUGGGGGGUAGGAGUGAUACUGGGGGCUACAGGCACUGGGUCAACCUCUACAUCACCAGAGGAACAGAGGAGGAGUAGAAUAAGGAUAUGGCUAAAGGCUUUAAGUACUGGUCUUCUAGUGCGUUGGGUACAGAGAAAAAAAAAGGGGCAGGUUUCCGGGCAUUGUAGAAUAGAUUCAGGGCAUUAUGUACAGAAAAGGAUAUGUAAGGAUAUGAGUACAGUGGAGGUAAACCUAAGCGUUGGGUAACGAUGAAAGAGAUAAAAUCACUGGAGGCACCGAUUGAGUCGGUCUCCGCGUGUAUGGGGGGUGGGACAAAGGAGCUAUCUAAGGCAGGUUUAGCGUGUGCUAGCGGGCCGGGGCUAGCAGAUGGAUCUUCGUGGUCGACGUCGUAACGGGAAGCCUGUUGUAACCACAUCAGACGAUUUCAUCGGCAGACCAGUCGUGUUGGAUCGGCGGGGCUCCGUGUCAACACUAGGAGGUCCCGUCCGGUUGACAGAGAGGUAGAUAGCCGCGAGAUGGGCCUGGCUCAAGGCUAACUCAGGGCUGAUUAGCCAACCACAAAUGUCCAUUUGGUUGCAGCUAGCUAGUAGCGAUGAAUCCGGUGUUAAAGGUUCAGUGAUUCCGGCAGAAAAAACGAUAUGUUCAGGGUCGAUAACGCGCUGUGCAGACAGUGCAGACUGGCCGAAUAAUAGUCCAGGCUAGAGCUGGCUGGCUGGUAGGUAGUGCAGGCCACGGCCACGGACAAUGGUAAAGACCGCUAACGGUGGCUAAUAGCAAGUAGCAAGUUAGCUGGCUAGCGAUGAUCCGGUGUUAAGGUCCAGUGAUUCAGUGGUUCCGGCAGAAAAUCCGAUAUGCUCUGGCUCGAUAGUGCGAUGUGCAGACUGGCCGACAAUUGUCAGGCUAGAGCUGGUGGUAGGUAGUGCAGCCACGCACGACAAUGGUGAAACCGCUAACGGUGGCUAAUGCAAGUAGCUAGUUAGCGUGGCUAUGUGCUAGUUUCAGCCAGAGGUUCGGGAUAAAAAUGAUGAAGAAACAACGAUAUGUUCAUGGGUGAUAAGCGUUUGUGGAGAAGUGCAGAUGCGAAAUAAUAGUCCAGGCUUAGAUGGCUGGCUGUAGUUCAGGUAAUGCAGCACACGCCUACGCAUUGGUAAAGACGCGCUAAACGGUGGCUAAUAGCAAGUAGACGAUGUAGUGGCUAGCUGGUAGUUUCAGCCAGGGUUGCUUUGGUAUACGCAAAUAGUAUGAGAAAUAUGAUCGUUCUCAUUUGGGUGUAGGACGAUUGCAGGAAAGAUGCUAUUAGUUAAAGGAUGGAAAGUGAGAUUGAGAAAUAUAUACGAAAAAUACAACAACAAAAACAGGCUAUUUACAUAAGGUCCUCUGUAGCUCAAUUGAUAAAAUGUAUGCACACAUGACUGUAAGUCGCUUUGGAUAAAAGCGUCUGCUAAAUGGCAUAUUAAUAUUAAAAUUAAAAAACAUGACCGCACUGCUAUGCCAUCUUGGAUAAUGAUGUAGACAUGGGAUUGGCUCUUUGGGGUGUAUGACAACAUAAUGUAGACAUGGGAUUGGCUCUUUGGGGUGUAUGACAACAUAAUGUAGACAUGGGAUUGGCUCUUUGGGGUGUAUGACAACUUCAUCGCUGCGAGAGACUCCAUGCAUCUACUUUACAUAAAUACAUGGAAUGAUUGCCAUGUUCUGUCAUGUGGAUAAUAGUUUAUUUAGCAUACAAUUAAAUAUAAGUGCACCUGUUUGCAGUAGAGAGAGAGAUCUGAUUUGAAAACCCCAUUAGAAUCAGUAUAGAAGAGUCUCGUCUUAGAGAGCCAUACAGUUUCAAGGGAAUUAGUUUGCAGUUUCAUGAAGCUCUUCUCAGGAUGCACACACUCCUUCUAAAAUAAUGUUUAUUAAUCUUUCCCUAAAAUAUACAGCUGUGAGAAGACUGAAAUAUAAACAUAAAAACGACUUUGAUGUCUGGAUGUCAGUGAAGUUGUUCCAGUAUAAGCAAUCAUUUAACUAGUAGUGUACAGUAUAUUAUGGAAGCAGUCUGGUACUACUGUGCUGUUAAUGUACUGUAUCAUCAGGCCUCAUCCUCUGUUAAUGUACUGUAUCAUCAGGCCUCAUCCUGUUAAUGUACUGUAUCAUCAGGUGUCAUCCUGUUAAUGUACUGUAUCAUCAGGCCUCAUCCUCUGUUAAUGUACUGUAUCAUCAGGCCUCAUCCUGUUAAUGUACUGUAUCAUCAGGUGUCAUCCUGUUAAUGUACUGUAUCAUCAGGCCUCAUCCUCUGUUACUGUACUGUAUCAUCAGGCCUCAUCCUGUUAAUGUACUGUAUCAUCAGGCGUCAUCCUGUUAAUGUACUGUAUCAUCAGGCCUCAUCCUCUGUUACUGUACUGUAUCAUCAGGCCUCAUCCUCUGUUAAUGUACUGUAUCAUCAGGCCAUCCUCUGUUAAUGUACUGUAUCAUCAGGCCUCAUCCUGUUAAUGUACUGUAUCAUCAGGCCUCAUCCUGUUAAUGUACUGUAUCAUCAGGCCUCAUCCUUGUUAAUGUACUGUAUCAUCCGGCGUCAUCAUGUUAAUGUACUGUAUCAUCAGGCCUCAUCCUGUUAAUGUACUGUAUCAUCAGGCCUCAUCAUGUUAAUGUACUGUAUCAUCAGGCCCCGUCAUUUUAAUGUACUGUAUCAUCGGGGCCUUUAUCCUGUUAAUGAAAUGUAUCAUCGGGCCCUCACCUGUUAAUGUACGUAUCAUCAGGCCUCAUCCUUGUUUCUGUACUGUAUCAUUCAGGCAUCAUCCUUGUUAAUGUACUGUAUCAUCAGGCCUCAUCCUGUUAAUGUACUGUAUCAUCAGGCCUCAUCAUGUUAAUGUACUGUAUCAUCAGGCCUCAUCCUCUGUUACUGUACUGUAUCAUCAGGCACCAUCCUCUGUUAAUGUACUGUAUCAUCAGGCCUCAUCCUGUUAAUGUACUGUAUCAUCAGGCCUCAUCAUGUUAAUGUACUGUAUCAUCAGGCCUCAUCCUGUUACUGUACUGUAUCAUCAGGCCUCAUCCUGUUAAUGUACUGUAUCAUCAGGCCUCAUCCUGUGUUAAUGCACUGUAUCAUCAGGCCUCAUCCUGUGUUAAUGUACUGUAUAAUCAGGCAUCAUCCUCUGCCCAGAUCAGAUCAAUGGACACAUAAUAGAAAGACAACAAUGAGGACAUCUAUGAACACAUGACAUAAAGACAUCCAUUAAUGUAAAAUAUGAAGGAAUUCAUGGGUUAAGAAUAACAUCAAUGACUGGGCCAUCCCCAGAGUACGAUAUCUCCCAUGCUUCAGUACUUGUGUAUGCAGCAUGUCCCCAAUAUUGGGUCAGGAGGGACCCAUUUAUCUUGGGUUGGGGCUGUAUGAUUAGGCUCUGGCAGAACACAUUGUUGUGAUUUUGUUGAUCUUCAAAAAUAUUUGUUUAUUUUUUUUCUGAAGGGGACAGGGGAGCGCUUGAGUGAGAUGUGGUAGAUUCAUACCCCUCUCUCACAAAAUAUAAAGGUCCCAGACACCAGACUGUCACUCUUUCUCUCUAUCUCUCUUCUCUUCACUCUCUCCUCUCUCUCUCCUCUCCUCUCUAUCUCUCUAUAUCUAUCCUCUCCUCUCUCUCGCUCUCUCUCUCUCGCUCUAUCGUCUCUCUUCCCCACCCCCCUCUCUCAUCUCUCUAUCUCGCUCUUCUCUCUCUCUCUCUCUCUCUCUCUCUCUCUCCUUCUCCUCUCUCGCUCGCUCUCUUUCUCCCUCACGCUCUAUCUAUCGCAGCUCUCUUCUCUCUUACUCGCUCUCUCUCUCGCUUCUCUCUCUCCCGCUCUAUCUCUCUCUGCUCGCUCCCUUUUCUCUCUCUCUCUCUCCCUCUCUUCUCCCAGCUAUCUCUCUCUCUUCUCUCUCUCUGUCUCUUGCUCAAUCGCUCUCAUCUUUCUCUCGGUCUGUCUAUCUUUCAAGGAAAGGAAACUCCAUUCCAUUCAUCCAUCCAUCCAUCCAUUUCAUUCUCCCUGCAAUGAUCAACCUUCAUUUCCCUCCAAUGAAUCCCAUGGUUCUUUUUCCUACCUGAACAAACACUUUCUUCCCUUUCUUCUCACAAUAUUCCCACCUUUCUCUCUUGUCUCUCUCUCUCUCUCUUUUCUCUGUCUCUCUCUCUUCUCUUACUCUCUCUCUCUUCUCUCUCUCUCUCUUUCUCUCUCUCGCUCUCUCUCUCACUCUCACCUCUCUAUAUCUUCUAUCUCUCUGUCACUCUCUCUGUCUCUCUCUCUCUGUCUCCUCUUAUCUCUCUGCGCUCUCCUCUCUCUCUCACUCUCUCACUCUCUAUCUAUCUAUAUCUCUCUGUCUCUCUCUCUGUCUCUCUGUCUCUCUCUCUCUGUCUCUCUCUCUCAAUCCAUGUUUACCCUCCUUUUCUCUCAGUACAUCUUGGCCCAGGAGUCAGGACUAAAGAUUCAUUCAGCACCUUGCUGUAAACCUGUAUCAGAAUACAUUUAGCAGCUACCUCCGUCCUCCCUCUUCUCUCCAUCCUUCUCUCCCUCCCUCCCUCCCUCCCUCCCUCCCUCCAAAGUCCAAAAUCUGCACCUGACUUCUUAAAGCAACAGUAAACAGCUCCAGUAUAUCAUGACUGUUUAAUCCUAAACCUCAUCCUUUCAUAUCUAGAAAGCCAUUUACGGAUGACUAGUCUUGAUAACCCAUUUUUUCUAUGCUUGUUAGGCGUGUCAGAAUUUUAUUUUCGCCAAAUUUUAACAUUCACAAUUGUCUGGUUCAAAAUCCCAUGUUUUAUAUCACUCUCCCCCUGCUCUCCUCUCCCCCUGCUCUCCUCUCCCUGCUCUCCUAUCCCCUGACUCUCUCUCCCCCUGCUCUCCUAUCCCAUGCUCUCCUAUCCCCCUGCUCUCCCUCCCCUGCAUCCUUCCCAGCUCUCACUCGCCCAUGCCUCUACAAUCCUGCUCUCCUCUCCCUGUGCUCUCCUCUCCCCCUGCUUCCUUCCCCCGAUCGCUCUCCCCCGCUCUCCUCUCCCCCUGCUCUCCUCUCACUGCUCUCCUCUCCCCCUGCUCUCCUCUCCCCCUGCUCUCCUCUCCCCCUGCUCUCCUCUCCCCCUGCUCUCCUCUCCCCUGCUCCCUCUCCUGCUCUCCUCUCCCCUCUCCUGCUCUCCCCCCUGCCCUCUCCUCUCCCCCUGCUCUCCUCUCCCCCCUGCUCUCCUCUCCCCCUGCUCUCCUCUCCCCCUGCUCUCCUCUCCCUCCUGACUCGACAGUUAUUGCACCUUACCUCAGAUGACACUGUGUAUUCCUAAUUGCCAAACUAUACAGUCUCGCCCCAUACUGAGACUCUGCCUGCGUCCCAAAAUGGCAAACCUAUUCCCUACUUUAAAAGUAGUGCGCUAGAAAGGGAAUAGGGUGCCAUUUGGGACGCAGGUUAUUAGACUCCCUCCCUACGGAGAUGGCACUUAAAAUUAAUUUAUUGGUCAAUUACACACAAAGUCCAACCGAAAUUUGGACUUCCACUUUCAACCCAACCCCUCUGAAAGACACAUAUACAUGUUUGGAUAAGUGCGGUGGGCUGCCACACUGGGUGCUGUUGUUGUGGGGGGUUAAGUGCCUUGCUCAAGGGCACAACAGCAGGCCAUGGCAUCUAGGAGUUGAUACCAGCAACCCUCCAGUCGCCAGCUCACAUCCUGACAGAUAUUUCCCAUCAGACCCCCGAUUUCGAACUGGCAACCCGCCGAUUGCUGGCCCUCUCUCUAACCGCUAGGCUACCUGCCGCCCUUUCAAGCUUCUAUAAAUGUCCUUAGCCUUUGGCCUGGAAGGUUGGCUGAUUGUUGCGUUAAAGGGCUUUGUCGCUAUGCUAUCUUUCAGGACAAGCUCACACUUUUCCUAAAGGGAGAAAAUGACAAAAGACACAGAUCUAGGAUCAGCUUACUCUUCCCAAAUUCUAACCUUAACAAUUAGGACUAGGAGGAAUACAAUCUGAUCUCUGGGGGAAGAAACUGGGCUGAAACGGGGAGGAAGUACCUGAACCUGGCUGCUCUUAUGAGCCUUGAUGUGAUUGUGUUUCUCUCUCUCUCUCUCCCAGAUCUAUUCAUUGAGAGGUUCUGUAUGACGGGAGGCAGUUCACCUAUUGGCUACCUGAAUGCGUGGCAGACGAACCUGUACCUGUCUGCUGAUGCUGAGAAGGUCAGAGAGGCGCUGUCUGAAGGUGAGUCACACCAGACUGACUGAGUCCUGUUCUCACCUGUAUAGUACAGAACUACCCUCCACUGUAGCAUGGAACCCAAGUACAGAAUAAAUGUAUUGUGGACAAACUUCAAGGGUCAGCUGUCCUGGGAUGAUGUUGAACCGCUAACCUUCUGAAUGGGACAGUCACACAGUCUCAAUAGUUUAAAUUACUGCACAGGGCUAUCUCAGGUAUGUAGAACUCUCACAUACUUUUAAAGUGUAAUUUACAGGCCUCCCGAGUGGCUCUGCGGUCUAAAGCACUGCAUCGCAGUGCUUGAGGCGUCACUACAGACCCGGGUUCGAACCCGGGCUGAGUCGCAGUGUCGUCCGGGUUAGGGGAGGGUUUGGCUGGCCGGGAUGUCCCUUAUCCCAUCGCGCUCUAGCGACUCCUGUGGCGGGCCGGGCGCAGUGCACGCUGACACGGUCGCCAGUUGUACAGUGUUUCCUCCGGCACAUUGGUGCAUCUGGCUUGCGGGUUAAGCGAGCUAACUUUUGUUUAACCAGCUAAACAGCUGCUAUUAGCAAAAAUGUGUUUGGAGUUAACUUUCUAGCUAUGCUAGAGUUUACACUUCCUCUUCCAAUUAAAAUGUAAGGAGGUCAAAAUAAUGAAAAUCAAACUACCAAAUGUAUUCAUUUUAAAUGUUGAUUACUUCUCCUUGCCAUUAUCAUUCACUUAAUGAUAAGAAAAGACGUGAAAAACAUUUAUUUUACAUAUGAUGGGGGGCACUGGGUCACUGGUUUGCCUGGGUGGGGGUUACUGGGCAAGAAAAUAUUGAAGACCCCUGAUUUAGAAGGCAAAUACCAAGAAAGAUUGGUACCUGCUCUAAUGUGGUGAAUAAAUUAGCAAACAUUAGAAUAUUCAAACAUUUUAUGUUAAUUUCUACAACUCCAUUUCCAUGUGUUAUAUGACACUAGGGAGCGAUUCAACAUUCAAACUACUGCCAGAGGGUUCUGGUUAAGAAACAAUCCUAGAAAGGGGAAGGUUCAGUUCCCAAAUGGCACCCUAUUCUCAGUAUAGUGCACUACUUUUAAACAGGGCCUAUAGGGCUCUGGUCAAAAGUAGUGCACUAUAGAGGGAAUAGGGUGCCAUUUGGGACUGAACCUUCCCCUUUCUAGGGGCUCUAUUCAAUCCACAUCGCGGAAGUUCAUCUUUACAGAGCGAUUUAAAUUUAAAGGCAAUGUUCCUGCUUUAGCGGAGACUGCAUUUCACGGUAAACGCUGCAUACGUCGGACCAAUCGGAAAUUACCUUCUGCAUUUCUAUCGCGCAAUCUGUAACGCUUCAGCGAUAGACUGAAUAGAGCCCUUAGACUAUCCUUUCGCCUCAGCCCUUUGAGGACUAAAUGGCAAUCAGGCAUUGCAGCGGCCACCAUGUUAAUAUUAAUCUGUCUCAAUGUUUUCUCUCAGGCAUUGCAGCGGCCACCAUGUUAAUAUUAAUCUGUCUCAAUGUUUUCUCUCAGGCAUUGCAGAGGCCCACCAUGUUAAUAUUAAUCUGUCUCAAUGUUUUCUCUCAGGCAUUGCAGCGGCCACCAUGUUAAUAUUAAUCUGUCUCAAUGUUUUCUCUCAGGCAUUGCAGCGGCCACCAUGUUAAUAUUAAUCUGUCUCAAUGUUUUCUCUCAGGCAUUGCAGCGGCCACCAUGUUAAUAUUAAUCUGUCUCAAUGUUUUCUCUCAGGCAUUGCAGCGGCCACCAUGUUAAUAUUAAUCUGUCUCAAUGUUUUCUCUCAGGCAUUGCAGCGGCCACCAUGUUAAUAUUAAUCUGUCUCAAUGUUUUCUCUCAGGCAUUGCAGCGGCCACCAUGUUAAUAUUAAUCUGUCUCAAUGUUUUCUCUCAGGCAUUGCAGCGGCCACCAUGUUAAUAUUAAUCUGUCUCAAUGUUUUCUCUCAGGCAUUGCAGCGGCCACCAUGUUCAUGUCCGAUAAUCUGACGGAGGUAUCAGAGACGCAGCUGAGAGUGGCCUUCGAUGGUGACGCUGUCCUCUUCUCUGACGAAUCAGAACGCAUCUUCAAGGCCCAGGGCCUCGACGGGUUCUUCCAGCACGAGAGAGACAAUGAGGACAUUCUACUGGACCGUGUAAGUAGACAUGCGUCAGAAAAAAUAAUAUUGGAUUGUUAUCAAUCAGAUCAGCAGAUUCCUGUAACUCCCUGCACAUUAUAGCCCCCCCCCCAGCCCCCCCACCCCGCAAAAAAAAACGUUAUUUCUCUUCUCCUCUCCUCUCCUCUCCUCUUCCUCUCCUCUUCUCUUCUCAGGGCCCUCUUAAGGACUUCCUAGCGUCCCUUGGCAAACUCCAGAAGAAGUUCUAUGCUAAGGGCCACCGUCUGGACUGUCCCAUCCGUACCUACCUGGUAACGGCCCGCAGCGCAGCCAGCUCAGGGAUCCGUGCCUUGAAGACCCUGAGAGCCUGGGGCCUGGAGACGGAUGAGGCUCUCUUCCUGGCCGGGGCCCCAAAGGGCCCGAUGCUGGAGAAGAUUAGGCCCCACAUCUACUUUGAUGACCAGAUGUUCCACGUGGAAGGGGCGGCGGAGAUGGGCACGGUCGCGGCUCACGUACCCUACGGGAUCGCUCAGAAGCACCCACAUAAGAAGAGCCUGAACACUGGGAAGUAG